AUGUCUUCGCCUGAUCAAAGCGCGAUAACCAAUAUGAAUAGUAAUUCAGAUCGUAACUGUCGUUUAACAUUGAAAGAUGGCUUACAAUUUAUUUCGUCCUUAAUUUUACCAUUGAUGCUCGGUGUAUUCACUGUUAUAAUUACCCUUGAACAACAGCGAAUAAGUCAAGAACAACGAGCACAAGAUCUAGCAGAGCUUCGUUUGCAACGAGAACAAGAUAUGAAUAUUUCUAUGCUACAACGUGCAUUAGAUAAACAAACAGCUAAAGAACAACGAGAAGAGGCUGAACUUCGACGUAUUCAAGAUUUAAAUAUAUCUGAAAGUAAACGAGCACAUGAUAAUGAAUUGGCUGAAAAACAACGUGAUCUUUUGGAAAGACAACGACUUCACGAGCUUGAUAUCGAGACGCAAAGACAUCAAGAUACAUUACUCGUUGCCUAUAUGAAUGAAGUUGGAAUUUUACUUGAAAAGAGUAAUGGAUGUCUUUCAUUGAAUCCUCUCAUAGCUACACUUGUCCGUGUGAAAACAUUGACUCUCGCACGUCAAAUAGAUUCAACGCGAAAUACACAAGUAAUCCAAUUUUUGUAUGAAGCAGGACAGUUAACAAAUGGUCAACAACCACUCGAUCUUCAUGAUGCAGAGUUUAAUGGUAUCGAUCUCAGUAGUAGCACGGUUCACUCAAAACUGCAUAAACUUUAUUUAUUUGGAGCUCGCCUUAAUAAUGCAUCUUUUCGGAAUCGUGAUCUAACGAACGCUAACUUUAGUGAAGCUUAUCUUCAAGAUGCUUCUUUCGUACGAACAUAUCUUGAUCACGUAGAUUUUUCUCGGGCUACCCUUAUCACAACUGAUUUCUAUAAAUCCGAAUUUAUAAAUUCAGUUUUUAAUUACGCAACUAUGAUUGGACUUCGGGUAUUAGACGCAGGUUUCAGUACAUGUCAAUUUAUUGGUGCCAACAUUCGAAAAAUGAAUAUUGAUCCUCGAACUAGUUUUUCCUCUUGUAAUUUCACGGAUACCGUUGAUCUAUAUCACAUGAAUUUCACCGACGUAGAUUUUCAAUCAUCCUAUUUUAAAAACGUUUACAUACGUGAAAAUAUUUUUGUUGGAGCUAUCUUUCAAUCGGCGAAAUUUAUCAAUACGAAACUGUCUCAAAAUGAUUUAUCUCGCAUCAGUGCUAGCAAUAUUCGUUUUAACAAUGUUGAGCUAAGUAGUAUCAUAUUUACGAAUUCAAUUUUGACAGAAUCCGUCUGGGUUGAUUCUCGCAUCAUCAACAGUAACUUCGAGCAUGCAAACUUGAUAAAUGCCAACUUUCGGAAGACCAUUGUAAAAAAUGUAACUUUUUCCCAAGCAACAAUCACGGACGGUAGCUUCAUUGACGUUUCUCUGUCAAACAGCAAUUUUUACCAAUGUCAUUGCGAUCAUAUGCGAUUUGAUGGUUCAUUAAUGGACAUUGUUUCUUUUCACAAAGCCGUAUUGGCACAAAGUAGUUUUUCGGAUUCUUGGAAACUCAGCAACGUAAAUUUUACUGGUAUUGAUGGACGAGAUGCUGACUUCAGCUCGAUUAAUCUGAUCACAAAUACUUUCGAAGGAGCACAGCUUAUAGGGGCAAAUUUUGCUUGGUCAGUGUGCGAUUCUGUCAACUUUCUUGAUGCUGAUUUGACUGAUGCUGACAUGUCUCAUACAUUCCUGUCAGGAUCAAAUUUGACACGUGAGCAACUCGACAAAGCUAUGUCGAUCAGUGACACUUAUUUCCAAACGAAAAAACUUCGUAAUCCGAAUUUACUAGUGAGUAGCCUUACCAGCUGUGAUUCCAAUAUUCUUUCAGCCGAAGAAACAGUUUGGAUUGUCAAUCCGCGCGAUACUCAAGUUCAAAUAGUUCGUCCAGAUAAGACACGUUGUUAUUUUUCUACAGGACCAAACAUGACACACCCGAUAACAAUGUCACAGCAAGUAAGUAUAUCAAAAUAUGAACGUCUUAUCGGUAAAAAGAAGGCAGAUGUGUACGUUGCAAUCAAUAUUUGGAGCACCGCCAUCACAGCUUAUCUUACGGCUUCUGGACCAAAGCGGGCUCCUGCCAAUCAUACAUUCGAAGUAAUAAAACAGUCACGACAGCAAUUAUUAAAACCUGUUUUUGUGCCUUUGUCUGGUACAACACAACUACUCUUAUCCAUUGUUUUCGAAUCAAAUACCAGUAUGUGUAAUAGUAUUGAUUUAUCUGUUCAACAUCGACCGAUACAAAACUGA